UACCAUCACCUUGUUUUCUGAUAUCAAAACAACUCUUGGAGCUCAUUUACCUUGCAAACACCUAUACUUUUCCAGAAGAUGAAUGAGAAGAAAACCAAGAACCUGUAUUCUUGGCCCAUAUGGGCUGAUCUUCCUGAUGAACUACUUCUUAAGAUCUGCAAGUGCCUCAAAUACUCAUUUCAAGUUGGUCAUUUUCGUGCUGUUUGUACCUCUUGGAGAUCCGCAGUUCCACGUCCCCCUCAUAAAACACUUCACAUGCCUAAAUGCAACUCCAGUAAGAAGCCUCAUACGACUAUUACAUUCAUCGGAAAAUUGGUUUUCCGGCUUGAUCUUCAAGGACUUCCACAUUCAUCAUCAACACCCACCAGCUAUUUAAUAGCUGUGGAGGAACAAUAUAGUGGAGAUGGUGAAACCCAACUCCGCCUCUUGAACCCAAUCACUGGAAGUCCUAUUCCUAUUUCUUCAACACCAUCAAACUUGUUUCCUAGAGAGAUUAGUUUGAACAAAUUUCGCGUCUCUAUACUGCAUAAAUGUUCCUUGAUUUUGCUUGCAGAUACAACUCAUUAUAGUACUUUUAAAGCUGUUCGUCUUUAUACUCGCUGCCGAUCCUCUAGGGAAAGAGCAAUUGCUGCUAUUGCUGCUCUUUGGAAGAGUGGAAAAUUGUCUUUACUUAUAAGUAAUACAGGAAAGGAAGUUGUCUUAAAUGAUUUAAUGGAUCGUCUUCUUAGAGACCAAAACCUGACCAAGCCUGUUUAUCAUGAUGUGGUCAAGUACAAGGAGAAAUGGUUCGCUAUUGAUCAAUACGGCCGAGGGGUUAUGGUGGAUUCUUCUUUGAACGUGAGUCUAGUUACAAAUCCUCUGUUUCUCCCAAACAGGAAUGAUUUCUUUUGUAACCACAAGUCAUACUUAGUAAAAUCAUCAGGGAAUGCAGAUCUAUUUCUAGUAGACCGAUACCUGGAUAAAUCAUCGGAGCAAACAAAUUACGACGUGCAACAUGCUGCGACCUCUGAUGACUAUACAAAGGCACCAGUUUACGACAUGGCAGUUAGAUUGAGAGUGUAUAAACUUGAGGAAGAGAAGCAUUGUUGGAAGGAAAUUACAAGCUUGAAUGACCAAGUCAUAUUUGUAGGGGAUGAUGCAUCUUUUUGGUCCUACAGUGUGUCUGCUAAAGAUUUUCCAGGGUGUAGAGGAAACUUGAUUUUCUUCACAGAUCAAUCCAGGAAAGCUGAGGAUGGGGAUCUUCAUGAUUUUUGGGACGCGCUAAAACAUGAAAAAGACUACUCACUUGGAGGAUUUCACAUGGAGAAUGCAUUUCUUGGGCCAAUGGCAUGUUUCCCAGGUUACACCGACUUUUUCUGGCCACCCCCUACCUGGCUUAACUGA